CGUCCCCCAUCCCCCUUCCCGUCACCGGCUAUCGCCGGUUAACCGUUACCGGCUCCCUGUCUCCUCACUCUCCCCCCUCCUCCUCCUCCUCUGCUGAUCCAUCUUUCUCUCAAAAAGCCAUCUUCAAAGCUCAGAGAAAAAGGAAGAAGAGAGGUUUUGAGGUCCGAUCGACUCGAGUCCUCGUCAACUCAGUUACUAGGUUUUCAUCAUCUCCCGAGUCAGGAGAUGUCUCGAGCAGAGCAUCUAUGGGAGAGGCUGGUGCGAGCUGCGUUGAGGUGGGACAGGACGGGGACAGACGUCUACGGGCGCCCUGUCACUGGAAUCGCUGGAAAUGUACCAUCCUCGCUCGCGAAUAAUAGGGAUAUUGAUGAAAUUCUCAGAGCUGCGGAUGAAAUUCAAGAUGAAGAUCCCAAUGUCGCUAGAAUCUUGUGCGAACAUGCUUACUCACUAGCCCAGAAUCUGGAUCCCAAUAGUGAAGGCAGAGGAGUUUUGCAGUUCAAGACUGGCUUGAUGUCUGUAAUCAAGCAAAAGCUAGCGAAGAGGGAAGCUGGAGCCAUAGACAGAAGCCAGGAUAUUGCUCGUCUGCAGGAGUUUUACAAGUCCUAUAGAGAGAAGAAUAAUGUGGUAAAAUUGCGAGAAGAGGAAGCGAAAUUGAGAGAGUCUGCUGCUUAUACCGGGAACCUUGGCGAACUGGAAAGGAAGACAGUGAAGAGGAAAAGGGUCUUCGCUACUCUAAAAGUUCUAAGGUCUGUCUUGGAACAGUUGGAUGAGGACAUUCCCGAGGAGUUGAAACGAAUGAUGGAAGCUGAUGCAGCAAUGACAGAGGACCUAAUUGCUUAUAACAUAAUACCGUUGGAUGGUCCAAGCACAACAAAUGCUAUUGUGACAUUUCCAGAGGUUCGCGCAGCAAUUUCAGCUCUCAGAUUCACAGCCCUACCAAACUUGCCCCCGGAUUUCCAAAUUCCUGCCACAAGGGAUGCAGACAUGUUUGAUUUUCUUCAUUAUGUUUUCGGAUUUCAGAAAGACAAUGUCUCCAAUCAGCGUGAGCACGUCAUUCAUCUGCUGUCAAAUGAACAGUCUAGGCUGUUCAUACCGGAGGUACCUGAUCCAAAGUUGGAUAAGGCUGCUGUUGAAAGGGUAUUCCAGAAGUCCCUGGAUAAUUAUAUUAAGUGGUGCAGCUACUUGGGCAUUCAACCAGUGUGGAGCAGUUUGGAUGCUGUUACUAAGGAGAAGAAAUUGCUGUUUGUUUCGCUGUAUUUCCUGAUAUGGGGCGAAGCCGCAAACAUAAGAUUCUUGCCAGAGUGCCUCUGCUACAUAUUUCAUCAUAUGGCUAGGGAAAUGGAUGAGAUAUUGCGACAGCAAGUUGCUCAGCAAGCCAAUAGUUGCAGUUCUGAAUCUGUUGCAUCAUUUCUUGAUCAAGUGAUUGCUCCUCUAUAUGAAGUUGUUGCAGCGGAGGCUGCAAACAAUGACAAUGGGAAGGCACCUCAUUCUACUUGGAGAAACUAUGAUGAUUUUAAUGAGUUUUUCUGGUCUCUUCGAUGCUUCGAACUUAGCUGGCCUUGGCGUAAGAAUUGUCCCUUUUUUCAAAAGCCAAAGCCACGCACAAAGCUUCUUCUCAAAACUGGUGGAACUGGAAGCAAGCGCCGGGGGAAAACUUCAUUUGUCGAGCACCGGACGUUUCUUCAUCUUUACCAUAGUUUCCAUCGCCUCUGGAUCUUUCUUGUUAUGAUGUUUCAGGGCCUUGCUGUAAUUGCUUUCAAUAAUGGUAAUUUCAACUCGAAGACAUUGCGGGAGCUUCUCAGCCUUGGUCCUACAUUUGUCAUCAUGAAAUUUAUUGAGAGUGUUCUGGACAUUAUUAUGAUGUAUGGAGCAUAUUCUACGACAAGGCGCUUGGCAAUUGCUCGCAUUUUUCUUCGCUCCCUUUGGUUCAGCGCUGCUUCUGGUUUCAUUUCUUUCCUUUAUGUGAAGGCUCUCCAGCAACCGAAUCCUUCAGAUUCGGCUGUUUAUAGGUUGUGCGUGAUUGUUAUAGCCAUCUACGCCAGUCUCCAAUUUUUCCUGAGUUUCCUAAUGCGCAUACCAUUCUGCCAUCGUCUAACUAAUCAAUGUGAUCAUUGGCCGGUGAUACGCUUUCUAAGAUGGAUGCGCCAGGAACGGUACUAUGUUGGACGUGACAUGUAUGAGAGGAACAGAGAUUUUAUCAAGUACAUGAUAUUUUGGGUGGUCAUUUUGAGUGCAAAGUUUUCUUUUGCAUAUUUUCUCCAGAUCAAGCCAUUGGUGGAACCAACAAGAAUUAUAGUGGAGCAGAAUAACAUUGCGUAUUCAUGGCAUGAUUUUGUAUCUAAAAAUAACCACAAUGCUUUGACUGUUGCUACCUUAUGGUCUCCUGUGAUUGCAAUCUAUCUUUUGGACAUCCAUGUGUUUUAUACUGUCUUCUCUGCUAUAUGGGGAUUUUUACUUGGAGCAAGGGAUCGCCUUGGGGAGAUCCGAUCCUUGGAAUCUGUGCACAGAGAUUUUGAACAGUUUCCUGGUGGUUUUAUGGAUAAUCUUCAUGUGCCACUUCCUGGCAGGGAGAAAAACCGCUAUGGCAAUCAGGAUGUGGAAACAAGCAAAGUGGAUGCUGCCCGAUUUUCUCCAUUCUGGAAUGAAAUUGUCAGAAACCUUAGGGAAGAAGAUUAUAUAAGUAAUCUGGAAAUGGAGUUACUUCUGAUGCCUAAAAAUUCUUCCAAACUGCCUCUGGUGCAAUGGCCGCUUUUUCUUCUUGGUAGUAAGAUAUUUCUAGCUAAAGACAUUGCUGCAGACUACAGGGAGUUGCAAGAUGAACUUUGGGAAAGAAUUAGCAGAGACGAUUACAUGAAAUAUGCUGUAGAAGAAUGCUUUAGUACCAUCAAGUAUAUUCUGCUAGAAAUAUUGGAGGGAGAGGGACGGAUGUGGGUUGAGAGAAUAUAUGAAGAUAUUGAAGCCAGCAUUAAGAAGAAGAGUAUCCAAAUCGACUUUAAACUAAAUAAGCUGUCACUGGUGAUUUCAAGAUUAACAGCACUACUGGGAUUAUUGAAAGAGGCAGAAACUCCAGAUUCAGACAACGGAGCUGUGAAGGCUGUUCAAGAUCUUUAUGAUGUUGUGCGGCAUGAUGUGCUUUCAAUAAAUAUGAGGGAAAACUAUGAGACAUGGAAUUUGUUGUCCAAAGCAAGGAAUGAAGGUCGUUUAUUUUCAGAUUUAAAGUGGCCUAAGGAUCCAGAGCUGAAACUACAAGUCAAACGGCUACAUUCAUUAUUAACAAUCAAAGAUUCUGCUGCAAAUAUUCCCAAAAAUCUCGAGGCCCAGCGGAGGCUGCAGUUCUUCACUAACUCACUAUUCAUGGAAAUGCCCCCAGCCAAAGCAGUCAGGGAGAUGUUAUCCUUCAGCGUGUUUACCCCAUAUUAUUCCGAGAUUGUUCUUUAUAGCUUGUCUGAACUCCAGAAGAAAAAUGAAGAUGGAAUAUCAAUUCUGUUUUACCUCCAGAAGAUAUUUCCAGAUGAGUGGAAGAACUUUCUUGCUCGUAUUGGGCGCGAUGAAAGUGCUCUGGAGUCUGAGCUUUUUGAUAGUCCAAAUGAAUCCCUUGAGCUUCGUUUUUGGGCUUCUUACCGUGGACAAACAUUAGCAAGAACAGUUCGAGGGAUGAUGUACUAUAGAAAAGCUCUAAUGCUUCAAUCCUAUCUGGAAAGGGCUGGUGCUGGAGAUAUUGAAGCUGCAAUUUCAAGUGGUGAUGCGACUGAUACUCAGGGAUUUGAGUUUUCUCCUGAAGCAAGGGCUCAAGCAGAUUUGAAGUUUACUUAUGUACUGACCUGUCAGAUAUAUGGAAAACAGAAGGAGGAGCAGAAACCUGAGGCUGCUGAUAUUGCGCUGUUGAUGCAAAGAAAUGAAGCAUUGCGUGUCGCAUUCAUUGAUGAGGUUGAGACUUUGAAGGAUGCGAAAGUCCACAAAGAAUUUUAUUCAAAACUUGUGAAGGCAGAUGUUAAUGGUAAAGACAUGGAAGUCUACUCCAUAAAAUUGCCUGGAAAUCCAAAACUUGGCGAGGGAAAACCAGAGAAUCAAAACCAUGCUAUUGUUUUCACUCGUGGAAAUGCAGUUCAGACCAUUGACAUGAAUCAGGAUAAUUAUUUUGAAGAAGCCCUGAAAAUGAGAAAUCUAUUAGAGGAAUUCCAUGGCAAUCACGGCAUCCGUCCUCCUUCGAUUCUUGGUGUAAGAGAACAUGUUUUUACGGGAAGUGUCUCGUCUUUAGCCUCAUUCAUGUCUAAUCAAGAGUCUAGCUUUGUAACACUGGGCCAGCGUGUUCUUGCAAAUCCUUUGAAGGUUCGUAUGCACUAUGGUCAUCCCGAUGUCUUCGACAGAGUUUUCCACAUAACUCGAGGUGGCAUAAGCAAGGCCUCACGUGUGAUCAACAUCAGUGAAGAUAUCUAUUCAGGGUUCAACUCAACUUUACGGCAAGGAAACAUCACUCAUCAUGAGUAUAUUCAAGUUGGGAAAGGACGUGAUGUUGGCCUCAACCAGAUAGCAUUAUUUGAAGGGAAGGUUGCUGGUGGUAAUGGGGAACAGGUUUUAAGCCGAGACGUCUACAGACUGGGGCAGCUCUUUGAUUUCUUCCGAAUGAUGUCAUUUUACUUCACCACUGUUGGUUACUAUUUCUGCACUAUGCUGACGGUGUUGACUGUGUACUUCUUUCUGUACGGGAAGGCAUACUUGGCACUAUCUGGGGUCGGUGAAACAAUUGCAAUAAGAGCUCAAAUAAUGGAUAAUACUGCCUUAAGUGCUGCCAUCAAUACGCAGUUUCUAUUGCAAAUUGGUAUCUUCACGGCUGUGCCCAUGAUUUUGGGUUUUAUUUUGGAGCAAGGUUUCUUGAAGGCUCUCGUCAGUUUCCUAACCAUGCAGUUUCAGCUUUGUUCUGUCUUCUUCACAUUCUCAUUGGGCACAAAAACGCAUUAUUUUGGCCGGACUAUUCUUCAUGGUGGAGCGAGGUAUCAAGCCACUGGUAGGGGGUUCGUGGUCCGUCAUAUCAAAUUCACUGAGAACUACAGACUUUACUCGCGCAGCCACUUCGUGAAAGGGUUGGAGGUUGUGCUAUUGUUGGUGGUGUAUCUUGCAUAUGGAUAUAAUGAAGGUGGUGCAUUGUCAUACAUUCUUCUCUCAAUCAGCAGUUGGUUCAUGGCCCUUUCCUGGCUCUUUGCUCCAUACCUGUUCAAUCCAUCGGGAUUCGAAUGGCAGAAGACGGUGGAAGAUUUCAGGGAUUGGACGAAUUGGCUACUUUACAGAGGUGGAAUCGGAGUAAAGGGUGAAGAAAGUUGGGAAGCUUGGUGGGAUGAAGAACUGGUGCAUAUUCGAAACUUACGCGGAAGGGUGAUGGAGACUAUCCUGAGUCUCCGGUUUUUCAUCUUCCAGUAUGGUAUUGUGUACAAGCUGAAUGUUCAAGGAUCAGACACAUCAUUGACUGUUUACGGUCUCUCUUGGGUUGUACUAGCAGUUCUCAUAGUCCUUUUUAAGGUUUUCACUUUCAGCCAGAAGGUGUCGGUCAACUUUCAACUUCUCCUUCGUUUCAUUCAAGGCCUCUCCUUCCUGAUGGCACUGGCUGGUCUAGCCAUCGCAGUGGUGUUCACUGAUCUGUCAGUGCCCGACAUAUUUGCUUGCAUCUUGGCCUUUGUGCCCACAGGAUGGGGAAUCCUCUCCAUUGCCUCGGCUUGGAAGCCAUUGAUGAAGAGGAUCGGUCUCUGGAAAUCCAUCCGAUCAAUAGCUCGGCUGUAUGACGCGGGGAUGGGAAUGAUCAUAUUCAUUCCAAUCGCGUUGUUCUCUUGGUUCCCAUUCGUCUCAACAUUCCAGACUCGGCUUAUGUUCAAUCAAGCUUUCAGUCGAGGUUUGGAGAUCUCGCUCAUCCUUGCCGGGAACAACCCCAACACUGGGAUCUGAACAUACCACUCGAACUUCUUCUGAGCUCGAAUAUGUAGUUCUUUCCUAUCCCUUUAUCGAAUUCAGAAGGCUUAUUAGUUGCAGGGCAGCCUAGAUAUGACUCGACCAUGGUGAUGUACAUGUACAGAUUGCUGCAUUAAACUUAAAACCGCAAGCUGAUCUGUUGUAUCUUAUGUUUAUAAUCUGUGGACAAGUAAAUUAAUGAAUUUUCCGCUUUUGUAAGCUCAGA